CACUGGGAGCCGCGGUGGCGAGCGCGCAGCCGGCCCUGACCGCAGGCCCGGGUUCCGCGAGUCCCGCGCGCGCCACCACCGUCGUCGCCUCGGGUCCUCGCGCCGCCCGGUCCCGCCGCCGGUCCCGGCCUGCGCCCCCCUCGCGAGCCCGCGCCGCCGCCGCCGCCAUGGCGGAAGUUCGCAGACGUCAGCGGGCCCGGGUUAAAGGAGAAGCCCCCGCCGAGCCCUCCGCGCGCAGCGAUGAGGAGGAGCUGGGCAUGGCGCCGGCCGGCACGCUGACGGCGCUGCUGAAGCUGCUGGCCGCCGCCUUCUACGGCCUGAGCUCCUUCCUCAUCGUGGUGGUGAACAAGAGCGUGCUCACCGGCUACAGAUUCCCCUCCUCCCUCUGCGUGGGCCUCGGCCAGAUGGUGGCCACUGUGGCAGUUCUCUGGGUGGGAAAGGCUCUCAGAGUAGUCAAGUUUCCUGACCUUGAUAGAAACGUACCUCGAAAGACGUUUCCACUACCUCUACUAUAUUUUGGGAACCAAAUCACGGGACUGUUCAGCACAAAGAAACUGAACUUGCCCAUGUUUACUGUUCUCAGAAGGUUCUCCAUCCUGUUUACAAUGUUUGCUGAAGGAGUUUUACUCAAGAAGACUUUUUCUUGGGGUAUUAAAAUGACUGUAUUUGCAAUGAUUAUUGGAGCCUUUGUAGCUGCCAGCUCUGACUUGGCCUUUGACCUGGAAGGGUAUGUCUUUAUUUUGAUAAACGAUGUCCUGACGGCAGCAAAUGGUGCAUACGUAAAGCAAAAAUUAGAUUCAAAAGAGCUGGGGAAGUACGGCCUGCUCUACUACAACGCGCUGUUCAUGAUCCUGCCCACGCUGGCCAUUGCCUACUUCACAGGAGACGCGCAGAAGGCGGUGGAGUUCGAAGGCUGGGCUGACGCCCUCUUUCUUCUGCAGUUCACCCUCUCCUGUGUGAUGGGGUUCAUCUUGAUGUUUGCCACCGUGCUCUGCACACAGUACAAUUCUGCUCUUACAACUACCAUCGUUGGCUGUAUUAAGAAUAUAUUAAUAACUUACAUUGGUAUGGUUUUUGGUGGAGAUUAUAUUUUCACAUGGACAAACUUCAUUGGCUUAAAUAUCAGCAUUGCUGGGAGCCUGGUCUACUCCUACAUCACUUUCUCUGAAGAGCAGCUGAGCAAACAGUCAGAGGCCAGUAACAAGCUGGACGUCAAGGGGAAAGGAGCAGUGUGACCAGAGGCUGCUGCAGCUGGACAGCGUGCUCUGAUCGGCUUGGAGCACUGGCCAUCCUACAUGGACACGAGGUGUACUGAUGGAGAGAAUACCUUCCUUCGCACUCACACAAUCUGAGGAUUGAUUGCUGCCUUUUAAAAUUUUAUGCUGAGAGAAACUUAGAAUUGAUUCUAUUUUUAAAUAUGUUUGGAUUAAUUUAUAUCAAACUAGAAAAUGUACUGGGCUUUUUAAUUUAUUUUUCUUUACUUACAGUGAAACAUCAGUGUUUUGAAAGUAUUUUACUCCAUAGUCUGAUACCCAGGUGGCCCUGCCAGCAGCGGGUCAGUUUUCCAUCUGGAGCCUCAUCGCUCUUGACUGUGGCUGUAUCUGGAGCAGCCUGGCCUCCCGCGCUGUGCCUGUGUCUGGAGCAGCCUGGCCUCCUGCGGGCCGUGCCGCCGAGCGUCUGGAGUCACUCUUCUUCCCUUCGAUUGCAUUGUCUUCAUAAUAUCACUGCCUUUGCCAAAGACAGCAGCUUUGGCACUAAAACAUUCGUGGGGCUUUGAGUGUACUGUUGGCGUCCCUGAGAACUCAGGAGGAGCCCAGUGCACUCCCUUCUUUGCCGUGGGAUGGGCACAGUGAGGGAUGGAGGAGGUCGGCCUCACGCUCCUUUCUUCGUCCCACGCCCUGAUCUGUCUGAAACGUGUUGAAUGGUACGUGCCAGGCAUCGUGCUCAGUGCUGGGGUUCAGAGGUGUUAGGGGAGGCAGUUGGAAGAUUUCACUCCUGGUACCGUAGCUGAAGGUGAGACUGAGAUUUAGCUCUGUCAGUCACAAAAGAUGUGCCCACGAGUGAGCAGUGAGCUGUUGGUGCUCAAAGUGCAAGUCUACAGGUGGGAUUAGAUAAAAGCACCUGCCCCCCGCCCCCCGCAGUGUAAGGCUGCACGCUGCGUGUUGGGGGGUGCAGAGCUGCAGCCUGUGACCCAGCACGGCCCAGCGUGACACCUGCAGGGUGAGUGUGUCAGGCAGCACAUGCGCACAUGGUAACCAGCACUUGUCUCCCCAGCCCCCUUCCCUGGGUCUGGCCUGAGGGGAAAGGCUGGUUUUACACUGUUGUCACAGUUAGAGCUGUCAUCUCCCUUCCCCCUCACAUGGCAUGAACACAGACCCUUCUUCACCCAGACCAUAUGCCCUCAGCGGCUUACUGAGCUUCCAGCCCCUCUCAAGACCAGUGCUUCCCUGGCGGAGCAGCUGUGAACAGGCCUCGACUGGAUUCCCCCUCUGGCCGGGUUGGCAUUGGGCAUCCACUCAAGCACUGUCCUGUGACUUGGCUCAGAGACACUGUUGACUGGGCUGAGUGCUUGCUCAGGCAGCUGCGCAGCAGUGUAGAGAGGCUGGCACCCUGGCACGGUGCACAGCCUAACUUCUGUUUCAGAAUCCACUGGCUCUAUUGAUCUAAACAAUUAGUAUUUUGGUGUUGCCACAGGAGGAAACCAGGAGAGUGGUGGUUUCAUACUCAUGCCUUUUCCUGUUUCUCUUCAUUAAAGCCCGGCUGGUGGUUGUGUCUCAUGAGAAUGAGCCGUCUGGCCCUCUCUCGAGUUACAGACCCCGUGUGAGAACCUUAGGCUUACUUUUUUCCCAGCAGCAUUUGACCUGAGAAAAUUCCACCUGGAGGGUAGAUUAUCUUGUGUCAGAUGGGCCUGACUGUCCCCAUUUUACCAAAGAGACCAUGAGCUUCAGGAAGGCAACUCUCCUUAAACCAGUGGUUCUCAACCUUCUUGAUGCUGUGACCCUUUAAUACAAUUCCUCAUGUUGUGGUGACCCCCAACCAUAAAAUUAUUUUCAUUGCUAAGUAACAGCAUGAGGAACUAUAUUAAAGGGUCGUGGCAUUAGGAAAGUUGAAAACCACUGUCAAGGUCUCACCUCAUGAUGUGAGGAGAUAUUAUACAGUGGGUUUUUUUUUUUUUUAAGCUUUGUUUUUUGAAAAUACUUCUUAAAAUGAAAUCUACUGGUUAGAUUUAUUGUCUCAUAAAAAUGUUUUUAGAGAUUAUUUUGUUGACAAGUGUUUUUCCUUCUGAUGAUGAUCAGUUGAUUUUGGUCUACAUGCAGGUGUUAGCCUCUCCCAAUACUGUUUCAGUAUAGAUGCUAUUUACCAAGUGACCAGUUUAUUGCUAAAAGCCCUGAGGUUUGAGGUAUGUAAAUCAGGUGACAUUAACAUGAAAAUUAUGUGCCUAAAUAUUUUUGUAAUGAUGUAAAAUAAAUACUUUAUGCUGAGAA